GAAAGCAGAAGGAUUUGAAAAUCAAAAAAUUGAAGGAGAAGCGGGAAAACAAAUAAUCUCUCCCUCCGCCUUUUUUUUUUCCAAAUAAUCAAUCUCUCAUUUCAUUUGUUAACCCAAGUUUUCGAUAAAAUUAUUUCAAGGGGAUUUAUUUAUCUUUUAUUCCUCCGGCGGCAGUAAGUAGUAAUCAAUGGCGAGAACCAAACAUUUCGCUUCCAGGGCACGAGAUCGCAAUCGAACUAAUGCGACUGCUUCAUCUUCGGCGGCGGCGGCGGCGGAAGGUCCGAGUGCGACCCCGACGAGAAGAGAAGGCAGCCAAGAUGAAGGUGGUGAAGCUCAACAGAGUGCAGCAACUCCUACUACAACUCCACCAGCCGGUAGAAAAAAAGGAGGGACUAAGCGAACUAAACAAGCUAUGCCUAAAAGUUCCAACAAGAAGAAGACAUUCCGUUACAAGCCUGGAACCGUUGCCCUCAGAGAGAUUCGCCAUUUCCAGAAGACCACCAAACUUCUUAUCCCUGCCGCUAGUUUCAUCCGACAAGUGAGAAGUGUCACCCAGAUCUUUGCCCCUCCCGAUGUUACCCGUUGGACUGCUGAAGCUCUUAUGGCUAUUCAAGAGGCGGCUGAAGAUUUUUUAAUUGGCUUGUUCUCUGAUGCUAUGCUUUGCGCUAUCCAUGCAAGGCGUGUUACUCUAAUGAGAAAAGAUUUUGAGCUUGCACGCCGUCUUGGAGGAAAAGGCAGACCAUUGUGAUCGUUUCGCAGGUUGUAUAACUUUGUUCACUCCUUAUGUCUUGUCAUUUGUUAUCUGACUGACACUUUCUUUUGAAACAUAACUGCUUGAUUCAAUAUCUAGGCUGUAAAACUUAUCCCUCCUUGUUUACUAUCUUAUAUGCUUUUCCUUGGAAUUGAUAGUUUCCAUUGA